GGGCAGAUCUGUGAGGCUGUGGUUUUUGGCUCUUCUAAACCCACAGUCUUGGGCUUUCCAUGUACAGGGCAUUCCAGGGCAGUGGGACAGGCUUCCAGUGACAGAGGAGAAUUUUCCAGCAUUUUUUUGGCAUUAGCUGUAGAGAACAUUCAGGGGCUCUGCAUACAUCUGCAAGCAAAGCUAGAGCAGCUGCUGUUGUGAUGUCACUGGAACCGUUGUCCUGGUGCACGGACCGUUGUCCUGGUGCAUGGAGUGUUGUCCUGGUGCACGGACCGUUGUCCUCAUGCACGGAGUGUUGUGCUGGUGCACGGACCGUUGUCCUCGUGCAUGGAGUGUUGUCCUGGUGCACAGACCGUUGUCCUCGUGCACGGGAGCCUCCGUGUGCACAGUGUGUUUGGCGUGCUCGUAGCGGGAGGGUGCUCCUCAUCGAGGCACUCACCUCCAGCAGGCUGCACUUGGACACCCGGGGUGUCCUUUUCUUCCUUGGCGUGCACAGGCUGUGGAAUUCUUGCCCAGCAUGGCUAAAGUGUUCCGGCGAGUCUGUGCCGCCUUUUGCCAGGUUUUUCCUAUGGCCUAUGCUUUUUAUUGUGACCCAGACAAACCCUGGCUGCUGACUCAUCUAGCAAGUAAAUAUGUGUUUAGAAACAGAAGAGGCCGUCCUUCGAGGAAACUACCUCAAGCUGACCCUCCUCAGGCUCCUUCUCUUCCUUCCCUUUAUGAGGAUACAGAGGAGGAAGACAACAACGAAGCUCCACCUGUUGUUGCACCGGAGCCUGAACAGCCAAACUCUAUCAAUACAAGUUCUGGAACAAAAUCUUCCACUGCCCUGGAAGCUGCUGCACUGGAAGCCGCUGACAAAGACAACACUCCCACACCUGAGAUCACCUACAUGAGCACUUCCAGCAGUUCCUGCAGCAGCACCAACGAGCAGCAAAAGACGGUAGAGGAGGACAGCCUCGAGAAAUUGAGGAGCAUUGUGAGUGUGGGAGAUCCUAUGAAGAAGUACGUUGAAUGGGAAAAAAUUGCCAGUGGUGGCUUCGGAACGGUCUAUGCAGCGACCGACACUGCCACAGGAGGAGAGGUGGCCAUAAAGCAAGUGUGUCUCCAAAAACAGCUCAAAAAGGAACAAAUUGUCGAUGAGCUCAUUGUCAUGAGGGACAACAAGCAUCCAAAUAUUGUUAACUAUUUAGACAGCUACCUGGUUAGAGAUAAACUGUGGAUAGUGAUGGAAUACCUAGACGGAGGCUCCUUAAGUGCUGUUGUUAAGGAAAUAAGCAUGAGUGAAGGAAUGAUGGCAGCUGUCUCUCGAGAGUGCCUGCAAGCACUGGCCUUCCUCCAUUGCCACCAAGUGAUCCACAGGGAUCUCAAAGGCGAUAACAUUCUGCUUGGAAUGGAUGGAUCCGUCAAGUUGGCUGAUUUUGGUCUCGCUGCUCGCAUCACACCUGAGCAGAGCAAACGAAGCUCAGUCGUCGGCACGGCUCACUGGAUGGCCCCCGAAUAUCUAACUAAAGAGGAAUACGGACCCAAAGUGGAUAUUUGGGCACUGGGCAUCACAGUGAUAGAAAUGCUGGAAGGAGAACCUCCUUAUUUUUGGGAGCUUCCUCACAGGGCCAUGCAGCUCAUCAUUUCAAAGGGGAUACCGGAGCUGCAAAACCGCGAGAAACUGUCCCCUGCAUUGCAGGACUUUCUGAACCGCUGCUUGCAGGCAGACGAGGACAGUCGAUGGUCUGCUGAGGAACUUCUGCAGCAUCCAUUUUUACUCUCAGCCAUGCCCCUCUCCGGCCUCACAACUGUGAUCAAUGCAGCAAACCAGCUGAGGGAGGCCAGCAGACAGAGGAAGGGUUUUGGCAUGCCUUCCUCCAGUUCCAUCGAUGGGUGGAACUCAGAACAAAACUGAAGGAGCCUCACCCCAGUGAAUACCCUGGGGGAGUUCCACAGAGGAGGGGGCGCUUAGGAGUCGAUUAGGGCACAGGGCAUCACCACCAGCAGGUGGUGAGCAACUGCAUUGUACAUUGCUUGU